CUCGGACCCGCGGGAUGAAGUGCGCAUUUGUUACUGUGGGGACCACCAGCUUUGACGAGCUCAUUGCGUCUGUGUCCACCGACGCCAGUGUGCAAAUUUUCAAGAACCUUGGUUAUACCCGGCUUGUCCUUCAAAUUGGCAGAGGAAAGGUCAUACCAGAACCAAUCAAUACUGAGUCAUUCAUUUUAGAGGUUUACAGGUACAAGAAUUCCUUGAAAGAAGAUCUUCAGCGUGCAGAUCUUGUUAUUAGCCACGCAGGUGCAGGAAGUUGUUUGGAGACUCUGGAAAAAGGCAAGCCACUUGUGGUAGUUAUAAAUGAAAAAUUGAUGAACAAUCAUCAAUUGGAAUUGGCAAAGCAGCUGCACAAGGAAGGGAAUCUGUUCUACUGUACCUGCAGUCCCAUCUCGUCUGGAGGCAGCCAGCCCCUUGCUUUUCCUGCUUCAGGGAGGUGCCAAGAUUCUGCGCUGCCAACUGGCUUCUGCCUAGACUUUGAACUGCUUUCUGGAUACCUGCAUACGCAAGAGCAAGCACUUACAUCCACUGCAAUAUUCCUCCCUUGCUCUGUGUUUUCCUCUUUUACAUACUUCUGUUCCUUCUUCCUCUCCACCCCAUGCACAAUGCAUAAAGGGUGGAAAAAGUAUUGUGGCCAGAAGUCUUUGAGUGAGGCAUCAAUGGAUGAAUAUUUAGGCAACUUAGGGCUGUUUCGAAAGCUGAUUGCUAAAGAUGCCUCUUGCCUCUUUCGUGCUAUUUCCGAGCAGUUGUUUUACAGUCAGAUCCAUCAUUUACAAGUCAGGAAGGCUUGUGUUUCAUAUAUGAAAGAAAAUCAACAAACUUUUGAGUCUUUUGUGGAAGGAUCUUUUGAGAAAUACCUAGAGCGGUUGGGAGAUCCCAAGGAAAGUGCUGGCCAGCUGGAAAUAACAGCUCUUUCUCUGAUUUACAAUCGAGAUUUCAUUCUUUAUCGCUCUCCUGGAAAACCACCAACUCCUGUUACAGAUAAUGGCUAUGAAGACAAGAUUCUGCUGUGUUAUUCAAAUAAUGGCCAUUAUGAUUCUGUGUACUCAAAACAAUUUCAGUCAGCUGCAGCCAUUUGCCAAGCUAUAUUGUAUGAAAUUCUCUAUAAAGAUGUAUUUGUUGUGAAGGAAGAAACGUUGAAAACUGCAGUUGAGUUGUUUCGAAGUGGUUCCAGGAGAAACAGAAACAAUGCUCUGACUGGAAAUGUAGAAGCCCAUUCUGAUCAGAAAAGCUCAACUCAGGACAGGAAUGAAGAAUAUGGUGCCUGCUGCAAUAUUGAAAACAUACCACAGGGCUGUCACCAAAGAACAGAAGAAUCAAAGGUUUCAGAAACUCCACCAAGGAUGCUGUUCCCUUAUAAGGUUCUGAAAGCUCUGGAUCCAGAAAUCUAUCGUAAUAUAGAAUUUGAUGUUUGGUUGGAUAGUAGAAAAGAACUUCAGAAAUCGGAUUGUAUGGAGUAUGCUGGGAGACAGUACUAUUUGGGAGACAAGUGUCAGGUUUACCUGGAAUCAGGUGGAAAACAUUAUAACGCUCACAUUCAAGAAGUUGGAAGUGACAAAAAUUCAGUAACAGUUUUCAUUGAAGAAUUGGCAGAAAAGCAUGUGGUUCCACUGGCUAACUUAAAACCAGUUACCCAAGCGCCAUUUGUUCCUUCCUGGAGUGGCCUGCCAAGUCGCAAAGGAAGAGGUGGCCAGAAAAUAAAUGGAGGCUACUUGCCAGAAAUGGCUAUGUCGGAGAUGAGCAUGAAGCAACAGAAGAAAAUGUUCAAAAAAGUUCGUGGCAAAGAGGUUUAUAUGACUAUGGCUUACAACAGGGGAAGCUCUCUCCUCCCACCCAGGCUUCAGCAUAGUAUGCAUUACGGGAAUGAGCCUCCACUUCACUACUCACAGACAGUUGGAAAUGUUAUGCCCAAUGGACAAUUUUAUCCUCACCAUUCAUCUCAGAGACAAGGUCGGGGAUAUGGGAUGCCCAGGGAUUCAUCCUGCUUUAUAAACCGGCAGAACAUGCCAGGCCCUAAACUUGGCUUUUACUCUGCCCCAAAUAAAAGGUGCUGCCAAGCAUAUGAUAAUGUGUCCUAUAGGUCUCGCUCUUUUAGACAGAGUCACCAUCAGAUGCAUUGUAUGAAUAAGGAAUGCCUAUAUGGCUAUGUUCCAGAGAAUGGUGUGGAAGAAACUCUUUCUUACUAUGAACUUGAAGAAGGAAAUGAGACUGCUUACCCAACUUUACCUAACCAUGGAAGUCCUCCUAUGAUGGUUCCUGUUACUUCAGGAUACUGCGUUUUAAGGCAGGAACAUAACCCAGGCAAAACCACUUUGAGCUCAGAAGAGAACAAUGGCCAGUUUGAAAACGGAGGAUAUCAUGAAGACUAUCUUUAUCCUUCAGAAGCAAGCUAUGAAACUUCUGGUGCAUAUACCACAACUGCAUCAACAGCAAACUUGGUGUUGGAGAAUUCUGCAGCAAUUGCAUCUUCCUGUGCCAAUCAUGUUCCAGAUCCAGUCAUAUCUAACUCUGCAGAAACUAAUCAAGCUAAUAGUAGUAGUACCUCAUUGGUUUCCUCCACAAAUGCUAUCCAGCCUCUUUUUGUACCUCCAUCUACACAAACCAGUCCAGUGAUUAUCUCACCAUCCUACCCCUACCAUUCUGCUCCUAUUCCUACUGCUGAAGCCUGUCUGCCACAGCCCCAGCCCCCUCCACCACCACCAACUCCUCUUGAAGCAGGAGAGACUUCAAAUUUACCUCCACCCCUACUCCCACUUUAUUCCUAUGAUCCAAAUGGUAAUGAUCUGCCUCAAGAUACAAAAGUUUUGCAGUACUAUUUCAAUCUGGGAUUACAGUGCUAUCACCACAACUACUGGCACUCCAUGGCCUAUAUGCCACAUAUGCAGCAGCAGCAGCAGCAGCAACAGCAGUUUCAUGGAGGGAAUUAUCCAGUCUAUACUGAGCCACCUUCUCUGGUAGACCAAACUCUUCCUCAAUUGUACAGUGAGGUAGGGAGAGCAGAUGAUAUGGAUGCAGAAACACCAACCAAUGAUACUUUUCCGAAUGCUGAUGCUGCCUCUAUCCCUAAUGGAGCAGUGUAUUAUCCAGUAAUGUCAAAUUCCUAUGGGCAGCCACCUUUGUCAGGUUUCGAUUCUUGCCUUCCUGUUGUGCCAGAUUAUGCUUGUGUUGCCACCUGGCAUCCAGUUGGUGUAGCAUAUGGUGGUCCUUCCCAAAUACAUGGUGCUAUAAAUCCUAGGCCAGUCAAUUAUGUGGCUUCACCUCACUCACCUUACUUACCUUAUUCACCUUCUCAUUAUUUACCUCACAAUAUGUAAGAUUCAGCAAUAUGAAGUAUUCUUCACUGCCAUUUUCAUACUCAUUGGUAAAAGUGGUUUAUGUUAGUACUUAAGUAGAUUUGAUAAGAAUGUUUACUAUUGUAUUUGUCUUUAAGAUUAUUUUGCUUUUUGACUUAAAGUAAGUCUUUAAAACAAAGACAUAUUGCAUUGAAUUAUUAAUAAGGAAAUACAAGCCCCAUAUUAGCAAGUUCAUUGCAGUCACCUUCUUGUCAGAUAGCUUAUUGACAUUGUAUUAGCUGAUGGUGCCAGUUCAUAAAAAGUAUAAAUUAUGUGGCCAUUUUCUUGGUUAAGAAAUGCCACAUUAGCUAUUUAAAAUUGGAAUAAAUUUCCCUCUUCUAGAAAACCACAACAAAACCAGGAGGCUUUGUUUCUUUGUAUUUACGUAUUUUUAAAUGAGAAUAUUCUUCAGAUUUCUUUGAAGAAUUAUCUGCAUUGUGUUCUGUGACAUGAAUCAGUUUUGAAGGCACAUGGUGCUGUGCUUUAGAUUCACUACAUGUGCUGUUGUUUGAUACUGGAAUUCUGUAACAGCUUUAUUGCACAGUAUUGGUGUCCUUUGUACAAUAAGCAGAAAAUAAAAACCAUCAUUUAAAAUUGCUAAAA